UCGAGUAUUGCAGUGCGUCUAAACGUGUAAAAAUAAAAUAAUUAUUCCUCGUGAAAAUUGAAUCUACGAACAAAAUAAAACCGUCGAAUCCAGUUCGCCGCCAAUACUCCGCAAAUACGUUCUGUAGUUGCGAACGCAGUUUUUUUUUUUUUAAUAAAACACCAAAUGAAACUUAAUUGAUAUCUCAAAGUCGAUAGCUUUACAUGUCGGCGAUUUUUUGCAUAAUUUUGUGUAACUCGAACUUAAAUUUUUCUAAUGGUGUUCACCAGUAAACGAAAAUACAAAAAUAGAGCAAUGCCGGCGGAAGUCGUUGAUGAUUUGGAUUUUUUAAUUUCAAGAAAUUCAAUGGCACCUAAAGAAUACCUUUUCAAAAUUCUAGUCAUUGGUGAGCUAGGUACUGGCAAAACGUCGAUAAUUAAACGAUAUGUUCAUCAAUUCUUUUCGCAGCAUUAUAGAGCUACAAUUGGCGUAGAUUUUGCUUUAAAAGUUCUAAACUGGGAUACUAAUACUAUAGUACGAUUACAACUAUGGGAUAUAGCUGGGCAGGAAAGAUUUGGAAAUAUGACUAGAGUCUACUAUAAGGAUGCGUUAGGAGCUUUUGUUGUGUUUGAUGUGACUAGACCGGCAACAUUUGACGCUGUUGUCAAAUGGAAACAAGACUUAGAUGCAAAAGUGUCGUUAGAAGAUGGUACGCCAAUACCAUGUGUUCUUCUAGCUAACAAAUGUGACGAAACAAAAUCAGGUAUGGUUAAUAGUGUUGCCAAAAUGGAUGAAUUUUGCAAAGAAAAUAUGUUUUCUGCGUGGUAUGAAACGUCGGCUAAGGAAAAUAUUCACAUAGAUGAUGCUGCAAAAACCCUUGUAUCUCAAAUUUUAAAGAAUACUGCUCAAUAUAAACCUAUUGCAAAAACAAAUGGCCAAGUAAAACUAAGCAACACAGCACCACAGACCGAUAAGAAAACCAGUUGUGCGUGUUGAAUAAAUUUGUUAUUUAUUAACGCUAUUUUAAAAAAGGGGGGAUUAAAUUAAUUAAUAAUUAAAAUUGUACAAAAAUGUUUUUAUACUUUAAAUUCAGAAAAUAUUUCCCUAAGAAAGAAUAUGUUAUGAAUUUUACAUUUUAUAGAUAUAUUUUAGUAGAAUAUUAUUAAUACAUAUAUUUAUUUUUUCAAACGCAAUCAUUUAAGGCCAAUACGUUUUAUCCAAUUUAUAAGUAACUUUAUCUGAUUAAAAAAAAAUUCUUUAUAAGAAACUAUUGUUAACAACGUAAAAGUGAAUAUAAAUGAUUAUCAGAAUAAAAUGUCCAAAUUAAAAUAACUUAUAUUUGUACUUGCAGCGUUACUUGUGCCGUAAUUUUAUUUUAAUGUGCCGUAUAGUUAAUAUACCUAUGUUUCAUUUUUGAAUAGGUAACACAUUAAAAUUAAUUGUAUUUAGCCUAUUUAUUUUUUAAUUGUUGUUUAUCAAUUACCUAUAUAAAAUGACUAUUGAAAUAAGGUAAUCAGAACAUGUAAUUAUAAGUUCAUUGUUUUUUUUGUAAUUAUUCGUAUAUUUAUAUAUAUAACUAUUUUUUUUUGUGUAAUUAUUUUGCUAACACGUUUGUAAUAUUAUAGUUAUUGUUAUAUGUAAAAUGUUAUAGAAAAAAAAUUUAAAUAAUAAUAAAAGUUACUAAAAUUUUC